AUCUGUUUACAUUGCAUACUAAUAAACCACUCUUUUCAUUGUGUUUGCAGGUGAUUGAAACAUGCCGCCAAGAAAAAGAAAGGGAGGUUUCAAAAAGAAGAUCAAGGCCGUGGCUGAGCUUGUGGGACUUUCGAGUGGUUCGUCGUCGCAGACACGUCCUCCUAGCGCUCCUCCUAGCCCUCCACCACGGAGGAAGAAUGCCCAGCCACGGCGACUUCGUACCCCUUCUCCUAGUCCUCCCCCAGCCGAGGAUGAUGACGAGGAGCAGUGGGGUGGGGAGGACGAGGAGGACGGUGAGGAGCACGGUGGGCAGGACGAGGAGGCCGGUGGGGAGGACGGUGGGGAGGACGGUGGGGAGGACAGUGGGGAGGACGGUGGGGAGGACGGUGGGGAGGACGGUGGGGAGGACCUCGAGGAGGAUGAGGGGCUGGGGGGUAUGCCGCAGGAGCUAGACCCGACCCUAGUUUGGUCUCCGCCGGUGGAGGAGGUGUACGUUGCAGCCGAGGAGAGGCUGGAACCACGGGACAAGAAGCCGUAUAGGCGCGGGAUUACGAAACUCCCCAAGCUAAAAACUUGGGCCUUCCGCGAUGUUGUUCUCGUGCCCGCUGGAAAGAGCAUGUUCAAGUAUGGCGACCCGAGGAGGAAGCCGACACGUGAGUACCCGAACAUCCUUGGAGGCAUAAUUAGGAAGCAUUUCCCUGGGAUUGUCAAUCUCCCUACUGGUGGCCGCGACGUGGCUUGGACUUGGAAGCACUACAGCUACGCGGAAGAUCCUAGCGGCAAGUACGGAAACAUGCAAGAGCGGGUUGUCCGCCACUUCUGGAAAUACUUCAAGAGGGCUGAGGGCAAGGAAAUUGCGUGCGACGUUAUCUUACACGAGUUGUGCAGGGUGAGGGUGGACCGGUAUUAG